AUGAAAUUCGCCUAUAAGACUGAACAUUGUUUCGAAGAUCGAUUGCAGGAGGGUGAGAAGAUUAGCAAGAAAUACCCCAACUGCGUUCCGGUGAUCGUUGAAAAAUCACCUAGAGCUAAUGUACCGAAUCUAGAUAAGAAUAAAUACCUUGUUCCCACCGAUCUGACUGUUGGUCAGUUUUAUUUUCUUAUCCGUAAGCGUAUCCAACUUAAACCCGAACAAGGACUUUUCUUUUUUGUGGAUAAUACGGUUCCUCCAACAAGCGCUACUAUGGGUUCUUUGUAUGAAGAAUAUCGGGAUUCUGAUAAGUUCCUUUACAUCGCCUACAGCGACGAAAGCGUUUAUGGUGCUUAA